UAAAUCUUUUUGCUAGAUGGCAGGGGAAACAAAGGAGCCGGCAGCGGGGGAGAAAAAGGAGCCAGUGGCAGGCGAGAAGAAGGAACAGAAGAAACCUCGCCGCCAUUGUAGCCGCAACCCUGUGCUGGCCAGGGGCAUCGGCAGAUAUUCUCGCUCUGCCAUGUUUGUCAGAAGGGCCAUGUACAAACGCAAAUACAAGGCUCCUGAAACCAAGGUUGAAAAGAAGUUGAAGGAAAAGAAGCCCUUCACCAUCACCAAACCUGUUGGGGGAGACAAGAAUGGUGGUACUCGAGUUGUCAAAAUCCGUAAGAUGCCACGGUAUUAUCCCACUGAAGAUGUUCCCCGCAAAAGGCUCAGCCAUGGUAACAAACCUUUCAGCCAGCACAAAAGACGUCUGCGAAAAUCCAUCACUCCAGGAACAGUUCUUAUCCUGCUGACUGGUCGCCAUAGGUGUAAGCGUGUAGUUUUCCUGAAGCAGCUCGACAGUGGCUUGCUGCUGGUCUCUGGCCCUCUGAUUCUUAACCGUGUUCCACUGCGACGAGUUCACCAGAAAUUUGUCAUUGCUACAUCUACAAAGAUCGAUCUGUCUACCGUGAAAAUUCCCAAGCACCUGACUGACUCCUACUUCAAGAGGAAGAGGCUGCGCAGGCCCAAACACCAAGAAGGAGAGAUCUUCGACACUGAGAAAGAGAAAUAUCAGCUAACAGAACAGCGGAAGAAGGACCAGAAAGCUGUGGAUUGCCAACUCAUGUCUGUUAUUAAAAAGGUCCCCCAGCUUCGUGGUUAUCUCCACUCAAUGUUCUAUUUGUCGAAGGGUGUUUACCCACAUAAAUUGGUCUUCUAAGCAAGCCAUAAAAGUUGACAUUUAUUAAAACUGGUAUUUCAGUAA